AUAUGUGUGUCCAGCUUUACAGCGCGUGAGCGCCCAAAAGGAACGCAGCCGUAGUAGUCAUCGCUUGGAACGAAAGUAGGGAUGAUGGAUAGUGGGAGAGAUGGUAAAGUCUGGCGAGGAAAGGGGUAGACACGCCGGCGCCUCAGUAUCGUGGUGUCCAUUGAUUGUUUUAUGAUACGUUUCUAUUUGGAAAAUAAGUCUAGUAAUCUUUUUAUUAACAUAAUAAUGCGAAAAAUUCGCAUAAAGUACGCAGAGACAAAAAGAACAAAAGCAUCGUUAGUCAUUUAAAUCGAUUUUCAAUCGUUUGCGUUUGUCUUUAGAGAGUAAUUUAUUGUUGUGUUUUCUAAUAUGAUAGGUUAGUCGCGACAGCUCUGACAAAAGUUGAAUAUAUCACUUUCUUGAAGUCAGUCUAAAAGUGACAAUAUCGAAACAUGACAUAAAAAUACCAGCUGUUUGUAUAGGUCAGGAUAAAUGUGUGCCAUGUUUCCAGAUGAUUUUUUGUUUUGUACAAUUGUUUUUUCGCAAACAUACGCUAGUCAAGUUUUACUUACGCGUUUGCCAGUUUUUAGUUGUGUGCAUAGUGUUUUUUCCAUAGAAACAAAGUGUAAAUAAACUUAUAAGGGAACAAAGAGAAACAGCGAGUGAGUCGGACGAGCAGGACUAAAAACGAAUAAGAGAAAAGGAGAAAAAAACACGUACGACAUAAAUUAGAUAUAUACAUAUGUACAGACGUCGUAUCGAUCGAUAGCUGAUCCCACUUCACGUAAGUCGAUGAAUUUCGUAUUACUGUGUAUUCUUAUUUUUUUCAUCAAUAGUUCUUCGGCAACAAAACGUGGUAGCAAAUGUGGAAAACUUAUUAUUCGUUAGUAAAACGAUGAGAAACCUGAAUGGAGUCAGAAGAAGUCUCAGAGCCCCCAGGGGCUUGCAAUAUUCCAUUGGAACUCCAGUCAGAUUUGUUGGUGCACUUAAAAACAUAAACUAUCGCAUCACGUUAUUUCAAAUUAACAAUACAGCUUAGCCUUUAACAAGUUAUAUCUCAAUUACUUGCAGUUUCAAAUACUCAAAACUGCAUUUAAUCAUAGAAGCUGAGAGAGCAAAAUCAAAUCUAGAUUACUAAAAAAAAAAUGAAAUUUAUUAGAAUAAUCAUUCAGAUAGCAUUCGCAUUGUUUGAUAAGGUUAUUCUACCUGAAGCAGGCACCAAAUACUUACAAAUACUUGAAUUUAGGAAUAUAUUGAAAAUUAUGCCAAAGAUGUAUGUAUAUUAAUUCUUUUAUGAGAAGUAAUUUUCUCAUAAGCAAAUGAUAAAUGAUAUAAUCUGAAGUAUAUAAUCUGAACAAGAAAAAAAUCUAACUAAGCGUGACAGACAUAAAAAUUACAUGUAUGUGUAUAUAUGUGACCAAGACAAAAAAAUAUUUAAGAUAACAUAUAUCAAGGUUUCAAUAUGACGGCACCAGUGAUCGAGAAGAAACGUUUUUUCUGUAGAGAAUGGGCUUUCAUGAAACUCUCUCACUGCCUAGAACAGCGACCAGUAUCGAAAACAUGUGGUAUUUUAAUUGUGGGCGGGCCAGGAAGUGGAAAAACGGCGCUUUGUGCCGAGUUAGCUUGGCCUUCUAAUGGCACUUCCGCAAGAUAUCAAAGAUCUUUAAAUCGCAGAUUAUUGGCUCGGCACUUUUGUCAAACUAGAAGCGAAGCUUCUCUGUCACCUGCUCAAUUCGUUCGAUCUUUAGUCGCGCAAUUACUUCAGAUCAGCUCUAAUAGAAUGCAUCGAUCGUCAUCUAUAUUAACUUCGUCUACAACAGAUGUUACAAAUACAGCAAUAUCCGAGACUAUUAAAACGACAAUUAUGACAGCAACAACGCCUGCGACUACAGUAUCUACGACUACAAUUCUCACUUCUAAAGAUGUUGUCGCUGAGGCAUAUGCUGAGAAAUUGAAAACCGAUCUGGAGAUACAGGCCGUAUUGCAGCCGGAUGUUUUAGACAGAGACCCAGAUAAUGCUUUGAAAAAAGCUCUACUGUUCCCAUUAUUAGAAGUUGAGCCACCAAAAAAUAGUCUCUUUUUACUGGUAGAUUCCAUCGACGAAGGCCAAAUAUUAAAUUCACCAUUGACUAAUACUAGGGAUUCUAGAAGAGAAAAUGAUCAUGUCAGUCGUACGAUAGCUGAGUUAUUAGCCAAUCAUCAUCACUUAUUCCCACAAUGGCUUUUGUUAGUUUGUACUGCUCGACGACAGAGUAAAACUAUCUCACGUAUGUUCACUGGCUUUCGUAAGAUUUCGUUGGACGACCUCAGAAAAUCUCAAGUCAUCAGAGACGUUCAACAAUAUAUACUCGCACGAUUAGAUCAGGAAGACACACUCAGGCAACAUAUCUCACGUGAUACUGCUGAAAUGUUGAAUCAGCUGCAUAUAAAGAGUAACGGUUGCUUUUUAUAUCUAGAGAAAGUUCUUGAUGGCGUGGCUGAGAACUUUAUUGUCCUGCGUGAAAUACGUGAGAUUCCAGGAACUCUGAAUGGUCUAUAUCUUUGGCUUUGUCAACGACUUUUCAGCAAGAAACAGUUCGUCAAAGUUCAGCCUCUUCUGAAUGUCAUACUUGCUGCUAAGUUACCUAUCACUCAGGAUAUACUUUAUAAAAGCGUAAGAACAGCCUGCAUCGGUAUAACCGUGGAUGACUUUAAUCGUCGACUUUAUCUUCUGCGCAGAGUGAUAUCAGUCUCCCGUACCGGUGCUUUAAUGUUUUUUCACCAUAGUUUUGCUGAGUGGUUGCUGGAUGUUAAGCAUUGUACCCAGAAAUAUCUAUGUUCGGCCAUUGAAGGACAUGCCAUGUUGGCAGCCUAUUAUACGCUCCGUGGUCCUGAGCUUAAUGCCGACGAGAUCUGUGUGUUAGCUCAACAUUUGCAACGUGCAAUAUCGAACGUUACGACUAAUACUACCCUAGACGUUCAUACUCUUCAAAUACUCUGGAUAAUUCAUAGCAAUGCUCCAAUCGAAAGCUGUUAUGUAGAUAGCUCUGAAUGCAUUCUUUGGCCCAGACAAGACAUAAAACUUCUUAAACUGUUAAUUGAAGCGGGUGCUAAACCUUCUGAAAAGAUCUUUGAAGAAGACAAAGAUGCUGUUUCUUCUAGUCAGGUUUUACAAGAUAUAAGUCCCAUUGACGAAUCUUCAAAUAAACCUUUAAAAGAACUUCUUGGUGAAAGCGGUGAUAUUAAUCAAGCAGAUUCUUAUGGACGGACGGUAUUACAUACUUUAGCUGCCGAUGGUAAUGCGUCUCUACUAGAAUUGGCUCUUUCAAUCUAUCCUCAGGCAAAAUUAGAAACGUCUGACCGACAUGGACAAACGCCAUUAAAUUUAGCUGCUAGACAUGGUUAUGCAGAUGUGGUACGUGUCCUUUUAAUUGCUGGCGCAAGAGCGGAUCAUGCGGAUUGCGAUGGUUGGACUGCACUUAGAGCUGCUGCUUGGGGUGGACAUACUCAGGUGGUCGAACAACUUUUAAAGCACGGUGCAAUGGUAGAUUGCGCUGAUUGGGAUCAACGAACUGCACUAAGGGCAGCUGCAUGGGGUGGACAUGAAGAUAUUGUUAAAACACUUUUACAACAUGGUGCCGAUGUGAACAGAACAGAUGACGAAGGUAGAACUGCACUGAUUGCUGCAGCAUACAUGGGUCAUAGUGAGAUUGUAGAACAUCUACUAGAUUUCGGAGCUAAAAUCGAUCAUGCCGAUAACGAUGGUAGAGCUGCGCUCAGCGUUGCUGCUCUUUGCGUUCCUGCCAACCAUGGAUAUGCAAAAGUCGUUACAAUACUUUUAGAGCGAGGUGCUGUCGUUGAUCAUGAAGACAAAGAUGGAAUGACCCCAUUAUUAGUCGCAGCAUUUGAAGGUCAUAGAGACGUCUGUGAAUUACUAUUGGAAUAUGAAGCCGAUGUAGAUCAUUGUGACGUUACAGGAAGGACGCCUUUGUGGGCGGCCGCGAGUAUGGGGCACGGAUCUGUCGUUGCUCUUCUACUAUUUUGGGGUUGCUACAUUGACAGCAUAGAUAAUGAAGGUAGAACUGUUCUUAGCGUGGCCGCUGCUCAAGGCGAUACAGAUGUUGUAAAACAACUACUCGAUAGAGGCCUAGACGAACAACAUCGAGACAAUUCUGGUUGGACUCCUUUACAUUACGCGGCAUUCGAAGGUCACAUUGAUGUUUGUGAAGCACUGCUGGAUGCUGGUGCGAAGAUUGAUGAAACAGACAAUGAUGGAAAAAGUGCACUCAUGCUUGCAGCACAGGAAGGGCACACAUCAUUGAUAGAAAUAUUAUUAGAACAACAUGAUGCUCCUAUAGAUCAACAUGCCCAUGAUGGCAAAACUGCAAUAAGACUUGCAGCUUUAGAGGGACAUUAUGAUACCGUGAGAACAUUAUUAUUUCAUAAUACUGAUGUUAACGCAAAGGAUGCUGAUGGAAGAAGCACUCUUUAUAUACUCGCAUUAGAAAACAGAUUGACAAUGGCCAGGUUUCUACUGGAACAUGCGAAUGCUGACGUAGAAAGUAGAGAUUCGGAAGGUAGAACGUCGUUGCACGUAAGCGCUUGGCAAGGACAUAUGGAAAUGGUAGCAUUGUUGUUAACAGAAGGAGGUGCUACUGUAAAUGCUUGUGACAAUGAAAAUAGAACACCACUUCAUUCGGCUGCUUGGCAAGGACAUGCAGCAAUCGUUAGAUUACUUUUAGAAAAUGGUGCUACUCCUGAACAUACUUGCAAUCAAGGCGCAACAGCUCUAGGUAUUGCCGCUCAGGAAGGGCACGAGCAUUGCGUCCGGGCACUUUUAAACUAUGGAGCUGAUCCAAGUCAUUCUGAUCACUGCGGACGAAGUGCUAUUAAAGUAGCCGCUAAAAGUGGUCAUGAUGCAGUCGUUAAGUUAUUGGAAGAACAUUCUGCUAAUCAACGUAUUAUAAGGGCUGGCAUCAAUGGAGGUGGUAGCAGUAGCACUACUUCUGUAACUUCCAAUUCGACAAUCGAGACUAAGCCUUCUUCGGCAAUCUUAAACCCUUUAUCGACUCAAUACAGUCCAGUAGAGUCACCAGACUCAACAAAGCGGCGCAGUUAUAUUUCUCUAGGAAAUAAUUCGAGUAAUAGCAAAUCAAGUAGUAAUUUAACUGGCAGUAUUAAAAGUGACCAAGGAAAACUUAAUCAAAAUUCUGCUGUUAAUUAUCAGGCACUAUCCUUCACACAGCAGUUACAACAAUGUUCGAGAGGAGCAAAGAAUAGACCACUUAGUAAAUUAUUAUCACCUUUAAAAAGUGAACCACAGAGUCCAAUAUAUGCUUCACCACCACAUUCUCCAUUGAGCGACAGUUUCAUUCCUUACUCACCCACGAAUACAAGUCUACCCAGUACUCAAACAGCCGUCAACGUAAUACAAAGUCAAUUGGGUAUAUCAUUGCUUGUAGGAAAUUCAAAUAUGCCAUAUAAGACACAAAUGGAGGAAUAUAACAAUUCGGCGGUUAUAUACGAGCCAAUCAAUAUCAAAACCAUAGAUGAACAUAACAUUGCUAAACCACUUGAAUUAACAAAUGAAAUGUUAGGUUGGAGCGUUGAAAAGGUAAAAAAAAAUGAACGCGAUACCUCAAAGACAUUCGAUAAACGAAAUUCAGCCGAUACACACUUCUCGCGAGAUACUCACAUGAAAAUAAUAUUGGGAAAUAGCGGAGCUGGCGUUGGUAGAAAUGUCAAAUAUUCAGACCAUAUACCUGGAAGGUAAGUUAAUAGUAAUUAAAUUAUAUUAUAUGAUAUUAUAUUAAUUAUAUUAAAGAUAAUUAUUCGUUUUAACGGAUGUGGCUUCGGUGAGCUUGGCUUUGACAUAUUUUGUCGAAAAUAUCCUGAAUAACUUCCAAAAUAUUUUAGCUGUCGAUUUUUAUUUAUUUAAAGUUAUAAACAGAAGAAGUUUAAAUAAUAAAUUGUUGACAUUAGUAUUGAAGUUUAUAAUUUGCUAAUGUUUAUAUAAAAACAGCAUGCGUGCCGAUGAACAAAUUUUAUUGAUUCAGUUGAUGGUACUUAUAGACAAAAUAUACAACGCUUAUGGUGUGAUGUAAGUGGUUCGAUGUUUUGAUUCAAAAUAUCACUGUAAAUAAUACAUUGUUGAAUUUUUAUUGAAAUAAAAACAUCUAUUUAAUAAAAGUUGAUUUAUUUAAUGAAAGAUUGAAAUUCUUUUUUAUAUAAUUUAUCACAUCUACUCGGACUAUAAAGCCCAAAAUCGGUUUUCUCUUCAUUUGUUAUUUUUGGUUCGUUAUCUCAGAUAUCAUGUAUCUUAAUGCAUGAGCAAGGCUAUCGAUGCUAUAUCCAUUAAAACGAAUAAUUACCUAUAAAAACUUGUAUCACUUCAUUUUAAUUGUAUUUAUUAUGGCAUACACAUUUUAACAAGUUUUCAUUGCGAUAAUAUAUUCGUCGUCAUGUUCAGAUAUAACAGUAACAUCAUAGGCUAAAAUAUCUUUAAAUAAAUAUUCAUAAUUAUAAUUAAUUUUUUAAUAAUGCAGACAUCAAUUAGACUAUCAAUAUUAAGAGAAAAAGUAGUGUCUUAUAUUAAGUACGCGCAAGCGAUGCAAAAACGGAAAAAUUGUAUUUAUAUACAGGGUGAAGAAAAUUACGAUACCAUGAAAUACAUUGAAAAAAAAUGUUUUGAAAAACAUUAAAAAAUUUUUGUAAAAUAUUAAGUAAUAUGUUAAAUGGUUAUGAAAAUUAAGUCUUGGAUGAUAUUUCUAAAGACAGAUCAAAGACGCUUUGUAUUUUUUUAUGCACAUAUACAGAGUGUUUCUGAAAUAUUAUCAAAUAUCUUAGGAACUUAUUUUUUAAAUCAUUUUAUAAAGCAAAUUUCAUAUGGUUAUAUAAUCUUAAAAAUUUCGUUUUAGAAAUAUAGGACAUUAAAAAAUUCCUUAAAAUUAUUCUUUUCUUUUAACAGCUUCUGGACAAAAAGACAUUUCUCUUUUACAUUCGUGUUAUUAAAUAAACGGUGUAUUAUAUUAAUUAUUUUAUUUUUAAUUAUUUUUUUUGUCGUUGUUUCGUGAAAACUCAAUGACGUUGAAAUUUAAAUGGUAUAUUAUUGCUUUAAACAAUUGUCCUAAUGGAUAGGAUCAUUUCUUACAGAUUUCUAUUAAGCUUAAUAAGAGAAAAAUACUAUUGGUAGAUUUUAAUAGAGCCAUUAAUUUAGAAAAUAUUUAUGCUUCAAUAUUUUAAUGUAUCUCAUUUUAUAAAAGAACGCAGGAUAUGCUUGAUUUACUCUAAAUUAUUUAUUUUCAAUUAGAUAUGUGUUUUUUUAUUAUGAUACAGCAUUGAUUAAAAAAGAAACUUUUUUACUAUUGUUUUUUGCUGUUGGUUUCUUAAAGUAUUUUAUAAUAUAUAUCGCGGCGGUAUACGGCGUCCGCUUGCCCUCCCGCUCGUACCGCCGCUCACGUAUUUCGUGGCAUAUAUUUUAGUCACCCGCCUUCGGAUUCUUUGCAACUGUAAGCUCUUGCACAUGCAUGCAUAUUAUAUACAGCCACUUAAAUCCGGACAUGAAAAUUUUUUCUCAAAAAAGUCGUUUAUCACAAAAAAUAUGUAAAAGUACAAAGAGAUUAUUCUAUAAUUAAGUUAAUAGAUCUUUUCUGAGUUUUUUCACUCAAUAUAGCCGCCCUGCGCCUCGAUCACCGCCUCGAUCCUGUUCCGAAAGCGCGAGCACGCUGUCUGCAAUUGCGCCUAAUCCAUUUUCGUGAAUGCUGCUUCAAUAGCGGCCUGGAGGGAGGCCACGUUGAGGUGUCUGGCUUUAUUAGUAACCCUCUCGAUUACGUUCCACACGUAGUAGUCGAGAGAGUUCAGGUCGGGACUAUUCGGAGUCCAGAAAUCCUUCGACUAAAACAUCUCGACAUUGUCCGAGAGCCAGUUCUGCAUUAAGUAACUCGUAUGAGCAGGUGCGCCAUCUUGUUGGAAGAAAUACGGCCUUCCUGCAGCCACGUCCUCCAUCCAAGGCUUCACUGUAGUCCUCAGGAUCUCCAUAUAAACCUCCUUCGUGACCAUUUCCCCCUUCUUAAAGAAAUGCGGUGGCAUAAUGUCGCCCUCAUUCGAGAUGACACUUAGGACGUGGACACUAGCCGGAAACUUUGUCCUGGCCACCUCCGAGGCCGCGUAUCUCUGGAUAAUGUCAUAUACCGUCAACCUAGGAUAUUCGAAGAACUUGAUUAUUUCGCUUGAUGUCCUUCCGGCGCGGACACCUUCAAUAACCACCGCUCUUCGGUUAUAUUCCGAUGUCAACUUGAACGACUUGACUAUUUCGAGGUUAUUAACAUCUUACCCACGUCUCUGGCCUACCUUUACGCCAUCUGGCACCUACUGUUGGAUUCUAAUAUAGCGGGAAUGUCAAAUUCAAAUUUGUCCGGAUUUAAUUGGCGGAUCCUGUAUCAAGGACUGUACUAUGUAAAGAAACGGUAAAAAUGAAUAUUCUAUCGAAAUAAUAAAAUACAACAAAUAAACGGUAAAAAGCGGUUAUUGAAACGAUUAUUAAUAUUUUGAAAUGGGAUUCUUGAGACUAUGUGUUCAUAUAAACAUUUCUUCAUACAAUUAUUUAAAAAAUCAAUUCCUAAAUAUUCCUAAAUAUUUCUAAAUAUUUCUAAAUUUCCUAAAUAUUCCUAAAUAUUUGACUGACAGUACUUAAGAAACACUCUAUAUAUUUCUUGUUGUGUCUCUUGCUACAUUUAUAUUAAAUACAAAGCUCCUUCGAAAUAAUAUAAUUAUAUCAUUCUUCUUUAAGAACCUUAUAAUAGGGGAAAUAUUCUACAUUUGAAUUUUAAUUUAAAUAGAAUUUAAAUUUUAUUCAAUUUAAAUAAAAUUUAAUUUUUAUACUUAAAUUUAAUUUUAAUUUCAUGAAAAUUAUGAUGUGCGUAGAAUAGUCAAAUAUAAUAGACCCGUAUUUUUUUAGUAUUGAGAUGUAAGUUUAAAAUGUGAAUCACACACACUCCCCAAAGUUUCAUACCUUUCUGUUAUCUCAAUAGAUAUUAAAGCUUUUUAAAAAAAAUAUGCGGCUUUUCAAUGCAAAAUAUAAUAGAUUACAUAUAUAAACAAAACAAUUUUUCAAACAAUUAACAAAAUAUCGUUUGUUAACAUUAAUUUUUAAAUUAUUAAAAUUGUUAUAAAAGAAAAAUAUAAAUUUUAAAAAAAUUCGGUUCAAUUUUUGUGAGUUCAUCUAUCAUAAUGUAAAUUAAUAACUAUUGCCAUCUUUAAUACUUUUAAAACAAAAAGCAAAAAUGAUCUUAAUAUCUUUUAGCUACUUUUUUAAAAGAAAAACGUAACCAUCAUAAGAAAUUCUUUUCCUAAGUAGAAUAACUUGAAAAUUCAGUAAUCGCUUUUCUUUCUUGCUUUGAAGGUAUUUAAGUUGGCAAUAGGUAUUGUCUGAUCCUGCGUAUAUUGUUCUAUAUACAGAGUGUUUCAGAAAUAGAUGCCCAAGCUUUAAAAGCAUAUUUUACACACUCUAAAGAAAAAAGGUCAUAUAAACAAAUAUCCGGAAAUAUUUCUUUUCCAAAUUAUAAACAACUUUUUAUUUACAACAGACUUUGGUACAUUUCACUUUUUAUUUACAACAAACUUUGGUAUAUUUUAUUUAAAAAAUUGUUGAAAAUGAUUUCCUUCCUCAUUAAUGCAUGCCUCGCAUCGACAUCUCAUAGAUUGUCGCAGACGCUCAAAAAUUCCCGAAGUAUCGUGUAUUUUGUCACGAUUUUGAAGCACUUUUACAGUAGCAACAGCAAUAUCAUAAAAGAGAAUUUUAAUAUAUCCUUAUAAAUAAAAAUUCAAAGAAUUUAAAUCAGGAAAUCGUACAGGCCAAACAGGUCUUCUUCUGCCAAGCCAUCUUUUGGUGUAAUUAAUAUUCAGAAACUUUCGAGCAACGCAAUUAAAAUGUGCUAGGUUUUCAUCAUGCAUAAACUAUAUUUGAUUAUGUAUUUGUACUGGAAUAGUAAUUGUAGUCUUCUAGUAAUGUAAUUGUGUUCCCAAAAAUUGUUUGUAAUUAUUACUAUUAAGUGUAAAUAGGAGAAACACCGGUCUAACAAAUCUCCAAUAAUACCAGCCCAUAUAUUGCACGAAAAUUCAUGCUGAUCCCGAGAUUCAAUAAUAUCAUGCGGACUUUCAUACGGCUAUUAAUGAUUAUUAUGAUAAUUUAUUAUAGUAUUCUACGAAUAUUGUGCUCUUUGUCUAUGAAAAUUAUGACAUUUUAAAAUUUGGUAAAGUGCAUUAUUGUAAGUAUCACUAAGUAUAUAUUACUCAUGAUGGAUAAUAAGCUAGCAAGAGAACAUAUACUCGUGUGUGGUAGGGAUACAAAACAGCUUUGUUCAUAACGUUCACAGUUUCACAGUUUCGUAUUUCUAAUGCAAUCUGUCUUGUGCUGAGUCUUAGGUUUUUUUCGACACUUUCUAAUCAUUUGCUUCUCGAUUGUAGAUGUUCAAAUAUUUCUGUUUCAUUUUCGAUUAAUUUUACUUGGUAAGGAAAAUUCUAUUUCUCUGAUGAUAUACCGAAAGUUGACCGAAAUAAAAGUAUUUUUAGCAGGAUAUUAUUUUUAAGGAAAAAUUUAUCGAUAAAGACAUUGAGCUUUCCUGCAAUUUUCAUUAGCUCUCCUAUAUAUGUAGUGGAUAUCUGCCUAUUCUAUGUUAGAAUAAAUUGCUAUAUUUACAUUGUCUUAACUCUUAAAUGAUUAAAGACUUAUUUCAAUGCCAAACAAAUUUACUUGAUAACUUGUUUAUUGCUAACAGAAGUUGAAUAAAGGAUGCAUGACACGUCAGUGCAAAAUGUGUUGUCUGUUAUAAAUAAAAAAUAUUUACAACUUGUACAGGAAGCGUUUCUGGAUUCAUAUUUAUAUGACAUUUUUCCUUGCAAUAAAUUAGAAUAUGCUUCAAUAAGUAGAAUAUGCUUCUAAAAUUUGAUCACCUACUUCCUAAACACCCUGUAUAAAUUAUGCGAAUCUAUAGAAAUAUAAGAGAACGCACUUCCAUAGACUGCAUACAUGCCAGCGUACGCAGAUGUUUUACCAUUGCAUUAUAUAUAUUGUUGCACGUAUGUCUCAUAUUUUUUGGCAACAUUUUUAAGUUAUUACUAAAUAAGCGUUGCAAAUAAAAGUGACUUAGAAUUAUUAAUACAUAUAUCAAUGAAAUUGUUUUGCAACAUUCAGUACAUGUAUGCAUAUUAGAUGAUAAAUAUAUGUAAUAAGUAUAAAAAUAAAACAUUAAAGGAGAAAUAGUUAUAUGAUAUGCAAAGAUAAAUAAAGUGCUAAAACUGUUUCCAAUAAUUUCAACAGUAGAGUGAUAUUUGUAACAAAAAAUUUGAAACAUAAAUAUUUGUUAAAACUAA